ACUGAAAAUCUGUCAGUCUGUCAGAACCAACUCCAUUCAAUCAUAGUUCAUCCCAAACUCCGAUCUCUCUCUCCCUCCAUCUAGAGAGAGAAAAUCUUUCGCCCAGAGACCUCGCCGGAUUUCUCUCCCCGUCCUCGAAACAUAUUUCUCAACGUAGCCGGUAGCCCUAAAGCUUAUACGGACACUAAACUCUGGCACUGUGUUAAAGGUUUGUAUCAAGUUUCGAACUCUGUGACAGCGAGGGGGAAUUAGGGUUCUACAAGGUGGGGGAUUCGCUGGAGAAUUUUGGAUCGGAGGGAGUUUCGGGACCGGAAUCGACUAUGCUGAAGGAGGACUUGUCUAUGGAGAUUGAUCCUCCGUUAAGGGAGAACCUUGCUACCGCCGAGGAUUGGCGGAGGGCGCUCAACCAGGUCGUCCCCGCGGUUGUCGUGAUCCGGACCACAGCUUGCCGAGCUUUCGACACCGAGUCUGCCAGUGCCGGCUACGCAACAGGCUUUGUUGUGGAUAAGCGCCGGGGAAUUAUACUCACUAACAGACAUGUUGUUAAACCUGGACCUGUGGUCGCUGAAGCAAUGUUUGUGAACCGUGAAGAAAUCCCUGUCUAUCCAAUAUAUAGAGACCCUGUUCAUGAUUUUGGUUUUUUUCGAUAUGAUCCUGGUGCAAUACAAUUUCUGAACUAUGAAGAGAUUCCUCUCGCUCCUGAUGCAGCAUGUGUAGGACUGGAAAUCAGGGUGGUUGGGAAUGAUAGUGGAGAGAAGGUAUCUAUUUUGGCUGGCACCCUUGCUCGUUUAGAUAGAGAUGCUCCACAUUACAAGAAGGAUGGUUACAAUGACUUCAAUACCUUCUAUAUGCAAGCUGCAUCUGGGACAAAAGGGGGUUCAAGUGGCUCUCCUGUAAUUGACUGGCAGGGCAGAGCAGUUGCUUUGAAUGCUGGGAGCAAGUCAUCAAGUGCAUCUGCAUUUUUCCUCCCUUUAGAGCGAGUUGUAAGGGCUUUAAAAUUUUUGCAAGAAGGAAGAGAUUCUGCAAACAAAUGGGAGGCAGUCACUAUUCCACGUGGUACGCUUCAGGUGACAUUUGUCCAUAAAGGAUUUGACGAGACCCGCCGUCUUGGUCUUCGAAGUGAAACAGAACAGUUGGUGCGCAAUUCAUCUCCACCGGGUGAAACUGGAAUGCUUGUUGUUGAUUCUGUGGUGCCUGGUGGUCCAGCUUAUAAUCACUUAGAGCCAGGUGAUGUUCUUGUUUGCAUGAAUGGGAAGGUGAUUACACAAUUCCUCAAGAUGGAAACUCUACUUGACGAGAGUGUUGGAAAGAUAGUUGAACUUCAAAUUGAAAGAGGCGGUGUCUCAUCGACCAUUGCUUUGAUGGUUCAGGAUUUGCACUCAAUAACUCCUGAUUUCUUCUUGGAAGUUAGUGGUGCAGUGAUACACCCCCUUUCUUAUCAACAGGCUAGAAAUUUCCGUUUUCACUGUGGCCUUGUCUAUGUCGCAGAACCAGGAUAUAUGCUCUUUAGAGCUGGAGUUCCUCGCCAUUCUAUCAUUAAGAAAUUUGCUGGUGAAGACAUAUCAAAGCUUGAGGACUUAUUAUCUGUCCUCUCCAAGUUAUCUAGGGGUUCAAGAGUUCCAUUGGAGUACAUAAGCUAUGCAGAUCGUCACCGGAGAAAGUCUGUAUUAGUCACAGUUGACCGCCAUGAGUGGUAUGCCCCCCCUCAGAUAUACACCCGUGAUGACAGUUCUGGAUUAUGGAUAGCUAAGCCAGCUCUACAACCUGACUCUGCUCUCCUUUCUGACAUAAGUCCUGUCAAACAAGAUCCAUUGAGUCAUUCUGUGUGUUCUGCUGCUGUUGAGGUUAGUCCAAUGGACCACGUGCCUCAACAUGUUAGCCAAGAGUCAAUGGAUGGUGUAACACAUAUGGAAACUAGUUGUGAAGUCAUUGCUGAGGGACCACGGUCUCAGGAUGAUCUUGAUUCUGGAACAAAGAAAAGAAAGGUGGAAGAAAACUCAUCUGCUGAUGGAACUAUUAUAGCUGAUUGUCCCUUACAUGAGCAUAGGGAAGAAAGAUUGGAGGAGUCGGGAACUCUAGGGGAUGCAGUUGUUAGGGACUAUCAAGGCGCUGCAACAGAGGCAGCUAAUGCCUCAGUUGCUGAGCGUGUGAUUGAACCCACUCUUGUUAUGUUUGAGGUUCAUGUGCCAUCAUCAUGUAUGCUGGAUGGUGUCCACUCACAACAUUUCUUUGGAACUGGUGUGAUUGUAUAUCACUCUCAAAGUAUGGGCUUGGUUGCUGUAGAUAAGAACACUGUUGCAGUGUCAGUUUCUGAUGUCAUGCUGUCAUUUGCUGCUUUUCCUAUUGAAAUUCCUGGGGAGGUAGUCUUCCUUGAUCCUGUACACAACUUUGCUCUUGUUGCAUAUGACCCUUCUGCCCUUGGACCUGUUGGUUAUUCUGCAGUUCAUGCUGCUGAACUUCUUCCAGAACCCUCACUUCGUCGUGGAGAUUCAGUGUCACUUGUGGGAUUGAGCAGAAGCCUGCAGGCAACAUCUAGGAAAUCAAUUGUCACAAAUCCUUGCGCUGCCCUGAAUAUUGGAUCAGCUGAUUGUCCACGGUAUAGAGCAAUAAAUAUGGAAGUCAUUGAGCUUGACACUGAUUUUGGUACUACAUUUUCUGGCGUGCUGACUGAUGAGCGUGGAAGGGUUCAAGCCAUAUGGGGAAGCUUUUCGACUCAGCUCAAGUAUGGUUGUAGUUCAUCUGAAGAUCAUCAAUUUGUCCGUGGACUUCCAAUUUAUGCGAUAAGUAACGUUCUUGACAAAAUCAUUUCUGGUGGUAAUGGGCCUCCUCUUCUUAUAAAUGGUGUCAAAAGGCCUAUGCCACUUGUGAGAAUAUUAGAAGUUGAACUUUAUCCUACUUUGCUUUCCAAAGCCCGCAAUUUUGGAUUAAGUGAUGCUUGGAUACAGGCCCUUGUGAAAAAGGAUCCUAUUAGACGGCAGGUUUUGAGAGUCAAAAGUUGUUUUGCUGGCUCAAAGGCCGUAAAUUUAUUAGAACAAGGUGACAUGGUUUUAGCCAUCAACAAGGAGCCAGUUACCUGCUUCCGUGACAUUGAAGAUGCUUGCCAAGCAUUAGAUCGAUGUGAAAACAGUGAUGGCAAAUUGUGCAUGACCAUAUUUCGUCAGGGGCAUGAAAUUGAACUCGUUGUGGGAACAGAUGUGAGGGAUGGGAAUGGAACCACCCAUGGAAUAAAUUGGUGUGGGUGUAUUGUCCAAGAUCCUCACGCUGCAGUCCGUGCACUUGGAUUUCUUCCCGACGAAGGCCAUGGAGUAUAUGUGACAAGGUGGUGUCAUGGGAGUCCCGCUCAUCGGUAUGGUCUAUACGCACUUCAAUGGAUUGUUGAAAUUAAUGGGAAACCAACUCCUAAUUUGGAGGCUUUUCUUGAGGUCACCAAGGGAUUAGAGCACGAAGAAUUUGUUCGCGUAAGAACAGUACACUUGAAUGGGAAGCCUCGAGUGCUCACUUUGAAGCAAGAUUUACACUACUGGCCAACAUGGGAACUGAGAUUUGAUCCCAAAACUGCUAUGUGGCGACGCAAGAUUAUCAAGGCAUUGGACACUGCUGUAAUAUGAAACUUUCUGGCUUUCAGCUAGAGGCUAGAGCUUUUGUCCAGGUUUGCUUUAAGCGAGCAGUAGAAUUAGAGACUGCCUCUCAUUUGUUGAACAACCCGUAUGCUAUAUAUUUGUUUCCUGGUAGCCCAUAGUCGGACAUAUAAUGGAGUACUUUUAUUUAUAUCUAUACAUGGGGUCAUAGUGGGUAAGUUUAUAGAUUUGGGUUCAACUGCUUCUUCAUAUGGCAAAACAUCUUACGGACUAUAUAUACACACUAGCAAUUCGGUUUAAAUAAUAAGUGGAAAUUACAUAUAAUUUGCA